AGGGGCGUGGCCUACAAGGGCGAGGCCCCGCCCACCUCGGCAGCCGAAGCAGCCCGGAAGAGACGUUGCAACAACAAAGGAUUGGAGAGCUGGGAAAGCAAGCCUUGCUUCCUUUUCAUUCCUCCCCCCCCCCCUGUCCUCGCAGCAAUUGGCCUUUGCUUCAUGACAUAAAAUGAAAGGAAGACGGUCUUCAGCCCAGGUGGAAAAGGAUAUGGACCCCCGAUUGAAGGCGGAGGAGGCAAACAAGACAUGGGGCAGAAGAAGCGCUGAAUUCUGGGGGAGACCGAGGGAAGACGCCCUGGACGAGAUGGCCCUCGGCACAGACCUUCAGUCCCAGCGCUUGCGGUGGUUCCACUUCCAGGAGGCCGACGGGCCCCGAGAGCUUUGCAGCCAGCUCCACAAACUCUGCUCCCAGUGGCUGAAGCCGGAGAAGCACACCAAAGCCCAGAUGCUGGACCUGGUGCUCCUGGAGCAGUUCCUGGCCGUCCUUCCUCCGGAGAUGGAGAGCUGGGUCCGGGAAUGUGGGCCGGAGACCAGUUCCCAGGCGGUGGCUUUGGCCGAAGGAUUCCUCCUGAGCCAGACGGAGGAGAAGAAGCAGAAGCAGCAGCAGCAGGAGAGUGAUGUCCUUCAGACCCAGGAGGUCCCACUGGACACCAGUCAGAGGUUCUCUUCCAGGUGGAACCAGCUGGAGGGCGAUGGCGUUGAUUCAGUGCUGGCAGAACAUGAUGGCUUAUCUCUUUGUGACGCAGGAGACAUGGCAUCAGCGCAACAGUUUCAGGUGACCUUUGAGGAUGUGUCUGUGCAUUUCAGUGACGAGGAGUGGGCUCUCCUGGAUGCGGAUCAACAGGCCCUGCACUGGGAGGUCAUGGAGGAGAAUUAUAAGAUGGUGGCUUCUCUUGCUGGUGAUGGAGAGGAGAGUGAAAACAGAGGCGCGCUGUGUACGGUGUGGCUGCAAACGCUGAGAUGUGAAGAGGAGGAAGAGCAAAGUGAGAUUGCAGAAGCAGACGUCGAUGGAAGGAGCCAGUGGCUUGCCGAUCCCUGGGAAAUCACGGUCCGAGAGAUUGCAGAUCAAACGCGGGAGAUGGAGAACUGCCUCUUCUACGAGGAAGACUUUUUCCACCUGAACGGUGAUGCCACGAACCCCAUGGAGACGGGGCCGCCUAAAUACCAUCAGUUGGGAGACGGCUUUGGAUACAGUCUACACCUUGCAAACUACGACAAAUCCGACAUGGUGGAGGAGCCGUACAAAUGCCUGGAGUGCGGGAAAGUCUUCCAUUAUAGCGGGAAUCUCACUCGACACAGAAGGAUACACAUGGUGGACAAGCCCUUUAAGUGCCUCUUGUGUGGGAAAGGCUUUGCUGAGAAGAGAAACCUCAUCGGGCACGAAAUGAAUCACAGGGGAGACCGGCCUUACAAGUGCCCCGAGUGUGGGAAGGGUUUCGGCUACAAAGCAAACCUCAAAAGGCACCAGAUCUUCCACAGGGAAGAGAAGUCGUACACGUGCCAGGCGUGCGGGAAGUGCUUCCACCAAAAGACAGACCUCACCAGGCACGAAAAAAUCCACACGGGAGAGAAGCCGUUCAAGUGCCUGGAGUGCGGAAGGGCUUUUGCUCAGAAGAGGAGCCUCAUUGGGCACGAAAUGAACCACAGGGGAGAGAAGCCCUACACGUGCCUGGAGUGUGGGAUGAGCUUCAGCCAGAAGCCACACCUCAAGAGGCACCAGACUGUUCACACAUUGAAGAAAACACGCAUGGAUAGGAAGCUGCUCUAAGUAUUGCAUCGAUCCCUUCCUGCCUUGAUUCAAGACACUUUGGGUCUUCUUUUGACACAUUUUGGCAAAAAAAUACUGGACUUGUGGCCCUGUUGAUGCCUCAUCCACUGAUAGGAUGUGGCAUCCUCUUAGCCAUAUAUACAGUAGAGUCUCACUUAUCCAAGCUAAACAGGCCGGCAGAAGCUUGGAUAAGCGAAUAACUUGGAUAAUAAGGAGGGAUUAAGGAAAAGCCUAUUAAACAUCAAAUUAGAUUAUGAUUUUACAAAUUAAGCACCAAAACUUCAUGUUAUACAACAAAUUUGACAGAAAAAGUAGUUCAAUAGGCAGUAAUGUUAUGUUGUAAUUACUGUAUUUACGAAUUUAGCACCAAAAUAUCACGAUAUAUUGAAAACAUUAACUACAAAAAUGGCUUGGAUUAUCCAGAGGCUUGGAUAAGUGAGGCUUGGAUAAGUGAGACUCUACUGUACUUACAUUUUGCGCUUGUUUAGAAAGUACGUUGAAAUUUGUUAAGUUUCUUCUAUUUUACAGAAUUGAACAGAAGUAAAGGUAUCUUGUGGC